CUCUGCACAAGUGCAGUCCGGUCCUUUUGCAGUGUCUCCAUCUGCUGCUCUCCCAUCUUUCAUCGCUCAACCUCCUCACAUCCCAUCUCAGAAAGAGAUUUCUUCAGAAAAAUGUCCUUGCCAGCGCCUGAGUCUACCAAAUUCCCUUUCUCGCCUCUGCCUGGUUCCGUCGACGCCUACCUGGCUGAGCAGGGCAUGCUGUCGGUCUCAGAACAACGCAUCAACGACGUCCUGACUCAGUCUGGCAUAAGAGCUGAAAACAUCUACCUUCCCCCACGCCUUUCUAGGAUCCUUCCCACGAGGUUAAUUCACGUCGUAUCACAAUUACGCUUCGAGGCCUACAGAGCCAUUAUGAUCAUGCGGAUCUGUAACUCCUGGUACCGAAGGAGGUACGAAUACCUGUACCCUGGCGACGACUCCCAGUUUCUUCAACGGCAUAUUCAAUCUGUCCAGCUCCUCCUUGGGUGGGACAAGGACAACAAGCCUGUCAAAGACCAGCUUAUUGCGCUAGCGACCAAAUAUUUCAAAUUCCACUUACCGUCGGAUGUCCUCCCUGCGUUCAAUGCCUGGAAGCAGGGGGAUUUUCUUACGGAGACCCGAAAAUUGAUUCGUCUGUCGAAGAGCGUCCCUUAUUCUCCUUUGUACGAGGUCGCUGUGGAUGAGCUGGCCACGGCCAUUACCCAAAAUGUCGAAGGUGGUGAGGCAAUUGCACGAACCCGGAAAGCCUUCGCAACAGGCCCGCAUAGCUAUUAGCUCUUCCGUUUUAGACGACCAGCUGCAUGAAGUACGAUGUUAGACGAGUCUCUGGAGUUCUUGGUUGUACAUACUUGGGGCUACGGAUGAUAUGACUGAUGUGGGAAUGAGAACAUGCAUAAACAGUUUUGGGAAAUUGCUUUUGUUGGAUAUUUCGGCUAUUUCUUUAUUCAAGUGUGGACAUACCCAUACAUUGCUUUUGAUCAAAAAUAUAAAUCGC